GUCACAAAUUUCCCUAAUGGGCUUAUUGUGAUUUCUCCCCUUAGUGCUCAUCAUUACCGUUAUUCUUCACACCAAAAAUACUUCCUCAAGCUUUCUUUUCUUUUUCUUCGCUCUCAACGAUGUCUGCAGGCAUUACCCACAUGGAUCGUUUUAUGCGCGUGUACGCGGAGGUGCAGGAGUUUCUUCUCGGCGACGCCGUAGGGCGCUUCGAGUUGGACGAGAACCGCAAGCGCUACCUGAAGCAAAUGAUGGACACCACCUGUCUCGGCGGCAAGUACAACCGUGGCAUCUGCGUCGUGGACGUUGCGGAAGCCAUGGCGAAGGACAGCCAAGCGGACGCGGCGACGACGGAGCGUGUCCUGCACGACGCCUGCGUGUGCGGGUGGAUGAUUGAGCUGCUGCAGGCCCACUUCCUCGUCGAAGACGACAUCAUGGACCACAGCAAAACCCGUCGCGGCAAACCGUGCUGGUACCUGCACCCGGGAGUGACGACGCAGGUGGCCAUCAACGACGGCCUCAUCUUACUGGCAUGGGCCUCGCAGAUGGCGCUGCACUACUUCGCGGACCGCCCCUUCCUCGCGGAGGUGAUGCGCGUGUUCCAUGAUGUGGACAUGACCACAACCCUUGGCCAGCUCUACGACGUGACGUCGAUGGUGGACUCGGCGAAGCUGGACGCGAACGUGGCCCACGCGAACACGACGGACUACAUCGAGUUCACCGUCUUCAAUCACCGCCGCAUCGUGGUGUACAAGACUGCCUACUACACCUACUGGCUGCCGCUCGUCAUGGGGCUGCUGGUGAGCCAGACGGUGGAGAAGGUAGACAAUGAGGCUACGCACAAGAUCGCCAUGCUCAUGGGCGAGUACUUCCAGGUGCAGGACGAUGUGAUGGACUGCUUCACGCCACCGGAUAAGCUGGGCAAGAUCGGCACCGACAUCGAGGAUGCCAAGUGCUCGUGGCUCGCCGUCACGUUUCUGGAGACGGCGCCUGCGGACAAGGUCGCGGAGUUCAAGGCGAACUACGGCUUUGACGAUGCGGAGAAGGUCGCCGUCAUUAAGAAACUCUACAGCGAGGCAAACAUGCUCGACCGCUUUUCCAAGUACGAGGAAGGCGUCGUGGUAGAGGUGGAGAGGCUGCUCGCGGCGCUGGAGACGCAGAACGUCGCGUUCGCGCGUAGUGUGAAGGUGCUGUGGAGCAAGACGUACAAGCGCCAGAAGUAA